AUGACAUCAUCACAAUUUGUAUUUAAAUUUGUGUUAAUAUGUAUCUUGUUUAUAAUCACAGUACAGGCUCUACCGAAACUUGAGUUCACAAAUCUUGUGUGUAAAACUCUUGAUAAAGAAUUUUGCGAUUUCGAAUAUUGCUACUUAAAAUCGGUUAAUCGCUCAUAUAAGUACAUGUCAUUAAAAGUAAAACUCUUCAAAAUACCAAUAACAAGUGUUAAGAUGCGAUAUACUUUAAUGAAGAAAGAAAAUGGUUACAAGCCUUUUCUAUAUAAUAUAACAUUGGAUGGGUGCAAAUUUCAAAAAUCACGUAAACAUCCUGUUACCAAAUUUAUUUACAGUUUGUUUGAAGAAUAUACUAAUAUGAAUCACACCUGCCCAUAUAAUCACGAUUUACUUGUAGAAAAACUGGAUAUAAAUCAUGUCACUAAAAAAUUUCUAAUGUUACCAUUUCCGGUUGGUGAGUAUGCACUGUAUACGACUUGGUUUGCUUAUGACAUCCCACGAGCUGAUGUGAAUGUUUACUUGAAGAUAGCUGACUAA